GCAAGAUGAAAGCCCUCCUAUUCAUAUCUCAGGCGAGCAUCCUUGUGCUGUGCACAUACGCAGCUGGAUCACCAUCCUCGCGACAACGUCGAGAAAUCUACGGUGGUUAUGGACAUGGUUAUCAUGCUGGAUACUCUGGACACGGUGUUGCCUUGGCAGGACCAUUACUAGGUCAUACAAGUGUGGCUGGGCCUCGCGUUGGAGCAUCCGUUCUUUCCGGACCUUCGAUUGGACCAGCCAAAUUAUCAGGCUCAGCUUCUGGACCGGUUCACGUAUCUGGUGCUGUCGCUGGUCCAGCCGUUGUUACUGCUUCCGUUGCUGGACCUGCAUAUGUCGAAGGUUACAAUGGACCAUACGAUGGUGGAUACUAUAAUUCUCCUUCUCUCGCCGCAAGCAUCUUGAUGGCCAUCCUUUCGGCUGUAGCAGCUGCACCUUCGGGCUGGGCACCCGGUGCAGCCCUUGCAGGGCCAAUUCUUGGUGCCGCAGCUCUAGCCGGUCCGGCUCUCGGCCCAGCCGCCCUUUCGGGACCAGUCGUUGGACCCGCUCGAGUAUCCGGAGCAGUCGAUGGAGGUGCCGUAGUCACUGGUUCCAUCGCUGGACCCUCUCUAGUUUCUGGUAGCAUCGCCCCUGGCACCGCCGUCGUUGGACCCGCUCUUGGGUGGCCAGCUGCUGCAGCUCAUGCUCCGCUUCUUGGUUUGGGAUGGCCUGGUGCGGUUCUUGCUGGCCCAGCGGCCGGACCCGCUGCCCUUUCCGGGCCCAUUGCUGCACCAGCCCUCAUCGCUGGACCUUCUGGUAGCAUCGCAGCCGGAUCCGCUGGUCUCGGUGGAAUAAUACGUGCUGGCCAUUACUAGUUUCAACCCGGUUAUUCAAGAAUAUCCAACGACUAUUGACUGAUCUCCUACGACCCAUGCCAUUUUGAAACCGAACACACAGUGAUCUCCGCCAUUAUACCGCAAAUACCUCCCUAUCGUUCGAACCUCUUAUAUGUUUUAUGUACAUAACAAACGUUCAUAUAUAAUGCAUAUAUAAUAAAAAUAAAUGCAAAUAUAA